GAGAAUUCAUACAGGUGAGAAGCCUUUCUUUUGUGGGACUUGUGGAAAGAGUUACCGUGAAAGAAAGACCUUAACUCAGCACAUGAGAAUUCACACAGGUGAGAAGCCUUUCUCUUGUGGGUCUUGUGGAAAGAGUUACCGUGAAAAAAAGACCUUAACUCAGCACAUGAGAAUUCACACAGGUGAGAAGCCUUUCUCUUGUGGGUCUUGUGGAAAGAGUUACCGUGAAAAAAAGACCUUAACUCGCCACAUGAGAAGUCACACUGGUGAGAAGCCUUUUUCUUGUGGGACUUGUGGAAAGAGUUAUGGUGACAAACAGAAUUUAACUCGGCACAUGGGAAUUCACACAGGUGAGAGGCCUUUCUCCUGUGGUAUCUGUGGAAAGAGUUUCACUCGAAAAGAACAGUUCAUGGUUCACAUGAGAAUUCACACAGGUGAGAAGCCUUUCUCCUGUGGUAUCUGUGGAAAGAGUUACAGUGAAAAAAAGACUUUAACUCAGCACAUGAGAAUUCACAGAGAUGAGAAGUCUUUGACCUGUGGUAUCUGUGGAAAGAGUUACGUUUCUAGACAGACUUUAACUUGUCACAUGAAAAUUCAUACAGGUGAGAAGCCUUUUUUUUGUGGAACCUGUGGAAAAAGUUUCUAUCGAAAAGACCUUCUCAAUGCUCAUAUGAAGGUUCACACAGGUGAGAAGCCUUUCUCUUGUGGGACUUGUGGAAAGAGUUACGGUGAAAAAAAGACCUUAACUCAGCACAUGAGAAUUCACACAGGUGAGAGGCCUUUCACCUGUGGUAUCUGUGGAAAGAGUUUUAAUGUUAAACAGAUUUUAGCUCGACACAUGAGAAGUCACACUGGUGAGAAGCCUUUUUCUUGUGGGACUUGUGGAAAGAGUUACAGUGACAGAUAUAGUUUAAUUCAGCACAUGGGAAUUCACACAGGUGAGGGGCCUUUCUCUUGUGGGACCUGUGGAAAGAGUUUCAAUGUUAAACAGACUUUCACUCGGCACAUGAGAAGUCACACUGGUGAGAAGCCUUUUUCUUGUGGGUCUUGUGGAAAGAGUUACAGUGACAGAAAUAGUUUCACUUACCACAUUAGACUUCACACAGGUGAGAGGCCUUUCUCUUGUGGGACCUGUGGAAAGAGUUUCUCUCAAAAAGGACAGUUCAUUGUUCACAUGAGAAUUCAUACAGGUGAGAGGCCUUUCAACUGUGGGACCUGUGGAAAGAGUUUCUCUCGAAAAGGCAAUCUAAAUGUUCAUAUGAUUAUUCAUACAGGUGAGAAGCCUUUCUCUUGUCAGUCUUGUGGAAAGAGUUACAAAAAUAGAAGUAGUUUAACACGUCACAUGAGGACUCACUCAGACUAGGAGCCUUAGGAACGAAACGCCUCAGAUCCGUUUUGGCAUCAGAACGAAUGGAAAAUCUGGUCGGAUGAUGUAAACAGCAAGUAGAAAAUGUUAAAGACAGCAGUUGGUUGCAGGCUGCCAGUGAUUCACUAUGACAUUGACUGAAUUCAAUCAAAUUUUCUCGUCGAGAAAUCUGGGCACAUGAGAGCCCUCUAAUCCUGCGGGGACACAGCCGGCGGGAUUCACCCUGGAUUUAUUCAUGAUAACAGGCUGUCUGCUGUUUGGAGCUUGUGGAUUCCUGGCUUAUCGACAGAUUUGUGACGGACUUAGCCGAACUAAUGAACACUGUUGGUGUGGACAGAGACGCAAGUCGGAUGCGAGUCUUGCUGAGACAUGCAGCCCUGCUUAGGACUCUAAAACGCACUAGCGGGAUAGAAUUGAUGUUUCAGAAGUUGAUAGUUUCGGCUCACUAAUUUGGAUAAUUGGGAACUGAGAUGUAUCGGAGAGACUUUAGGGAAGAUUGAAAUUCAUAAUCCAUUCCAUUUCUGAAUUGGCUUCCCCCAUGUGGCCUUAGAAGGGCAGCAUGUUUCCAAUCUCCUUGAAGAUAUAUAAACAUGUUAUCCAUGCAGCUGUGCAGCUGAGCGCUCCCAUGGACAAGACUUGAUAAUAUCUUAUCACACUUCUGCCGGGAGGCUGAGCAACGUGGUUUCAUAGCCUGUAAUGUCAUCGCCUUCACUUAUGUCUUUGUUUUGAACAUUGUUUUAUCUAAAUGUUGCCAUUUGCCCUAUGUGUCCUUUCCUAUUUUUGUAUCUUUUGUUAGAAACUGCAGUACUGACUUUUAACCCAGAAAAGGAAUUGGAACAAACUUAGAAUCCAGAAAAAAUUCUUCCAGAUCAGGAACAUUGACUUAUUAUUACUUAGAAACUAUGGAAUACUCAUUACUUUUACAAAUUUAGAGCACACUUGGAAAGUCCAGAGAAUACUUAUGCUCAUUUAGCAACCCGGAACAGGGAUUAGAACUUGGAAUCCAGAAAAACUACCUUUGCAAAUUUUUAGACUUCUUAUAUAUUCAAACCAGAAAAUGAAUUAGUUAUAAGUUAUACUUACCCAUCAAUCCUGAAUAUGGGUAUCUAGUUUAUUU